ACGAUAAAUAAGAACGAAACAUAGAUCUAGACAGCAGUCGGGACUGAUACAGUUUCAACUUAAAGCUGAUUUGUAGAAGCUGUUCAGGACAAGAUCAGGAUUAGUGACGAGUGCAGAAUAGAGAUGAGUCUUGAAGUAUACGCAGACGCAGGAGUUACUGCAUAUAAAACAUCUCACUCAAGUGAAGGCAUUUAUUACAAUGAGGACACAGUGGAGAAUCUCUGGAACAGAAACAACCAAGAACCUGCUAAAUCAGGAGGAGAGACUACAAGGAGCAGAUGUUACAGAGUGACUACAGUGUGUGUGGUGCUGCUGUGUGUUCUCCUGCUGACUGCCGUCACAGUGCUGUGGAUCAAAUACAACACCCUGAAUACAGAAAACAACCAGCUACAGACCAGUUACAACAACCCGACUAUAGAGAGAGACCAGUUACAGACCAGUUACAACAACCUGACUAUAGAGAGAGACCAGUUACAGACCAGAUACAACACCCUGACUAGAGAGAAAGACCAGUUACAGACCAGUUACAACACCCUGACUAGAGAGAAAGACCAGUUACAGACCAGUUACAACACCCUGACUAGAGAGAAAGACCAGUUACAGACCAGUUACAACACCCUGACUAAAGAGAAAGACCAGUUACAGACCAGUUACAACACCCUGACUAGAGAGAAAGACCAGUUACAGACCAGUUACAACACCCUGACUAAAGAGAGAGACCAGUUACAGACCAGUUACAACACCCUGACUAGAGAGAAAGACCAGUUACAGACCAGAUACAACACCCUGACUAUAGAGAGAGACCAGUUACAGACCAGAUACAACACCCUGACUAGAGAGAAAGACCAGUUACAGACCAGUUACAACACCCUGACUAGAGAGAAAGACCAGUUACAGACCAGAUACAACACCCUGACUAGAGAGAAAGACCAGUUACAGACCAGUUACAACACCCUGACUAGAGAGAAAGACCAGUUACAGACCAGAUACAACACCCUGACUAGAGAGAAAGACCAGUUACAGACCAGUUACAACACCCUGACUAGAGAGAAAGACCAGUUACAGACCAGAUACAACACCCUGACUAGAGAGAAAGACCAGUUACAGAAGGAUAGAGACGAACUCCAGAGACUUUCUAAACUAGGAUGGAUGUAUUUCAGCUCCAGUGUUUAUUACAUCUCUACUGUGGCGAAGAGCUGGACUGUGAGCAGACAGGACUGCAAGGAGAGAGGAGCAGACCUGGUGAUCAUAAACAGCAGAGAGGAACAGGAGUUCAUCGGUAAAACCCUGGGCAGCAGAAAAGCUUGGAUUGGUCUGAAUGACAGAGACAGAGAGGCCGUGUGGAAGUGGGUGGAUGAUACGACACUGACCACUGGGUACUGGGGACAUGGAGAACCCAACGGUAGAGGUGAUGAGGAUUGUGUUUUAACAGGUGAAAUGUCUGAUCCUGUCUGGACCUGGGCUGAUUAUCCCUGUAAUUAUGAGUUUAUCUGGAUCUGUGAGAAGACAAUCUUUAACUGAAUUGCUGCAUAUGAAUGAAAAGCAGUAAACUGAUUUUCCAUAAAUGUCGCUGUUCUGACAUUUUAUCUGUAAGUUGUGCUUGUAAUCUUGUAAUAAUAAUAAUAAUCACGAUCAUGAGUCACCUGUCGUUCUUUCAGCGCCUACUUUUCCAUUCGGGUUUGUUUAGGAAAUGGUACAGAUUCUAUAGCAGUGAUGUGUAAGCGUGAGUGUAAAUGUGGUUUAAGCUCUUCAGUGUGUUCAUUCAGUCACUGUGUACUGUGACUGUGACAGUUACGAUUCAAAUUUCUCACAUUGCUCAAUGUUGCAUCCGUUCUCCUUUUGGCUUCCUCUCUGUCCUUUCUUUUUAUAAAUCAUGAUACAGGCUGUGAAAUCAUGGUGCUACAAGAAGACACAUAAAAAAAAACCCCACCUGAACAGGAAAAGAAUAA